GCUGGCGGGCUUUGCGGGGCGCGGGGUGGAGUUGGGGGUAGAAGCGGAGCCUGGCCUGGCCACGGACAGGUGAGCGCCCCCUCCUCCUCCUGCCGUGGAGGGUGUUGGUGUGUCCCGAGGAGCUAAGGUAACGAGCACCCUCAAGUCAAAAGCACUCAGCCCACCCCCUGGCCUAAACUGGGUUCCGGGCAUCGGUGGGGGCGAUGAGCCCUCACCUGCCUGGCUCUCAGCCGUGAUCACCUCUGGAGGAUGCUACACCCAGUCUCCCUCUCUGGCUCUGUCUUUGGGGCUGGAACCUUCAUUCUAAAUUGUGUGUUAGAAGCAAUGCCAUCAACCACUCCACCUCAAGGAGGGGGCUCCCAGGGCUUGCACCCUUGGCUGUAGCCAGGAUGGAGGCAGAUGGGCAGGAAGGGCCUGGUGGCAUUUAGCACUCCCAGGCCAUCUGCUUGGCAUGGUUCAUUCGGGAAGCCUGAAACAUCCUGCUUUGUCUGACCUGCAACUGACCCCAUCCCUCCUGGGUUCCCCCAUAGACUCAGCCUGCUUUCUUUUAGUACCUUUCUCUCUACCCAGUUUCUUUCAGGCACAGCGCAGCUUUUGUGCCUUGGAUGUGGAGAAAGUGCCUCUGUGCCUGACAACUACUGCCCAAGACAGGCAGGACCUGAGGUACCCUACUCACAUUGUGUCUCGCUAGAGCCAGUCCCUGAUCGUUGCCCUCACCAUCAUGGGGCUCACGAUACUUAUCUUGGCCCUGAGGAAAAACAUGAAGUCAAGGAGGAAACAGCUUGCCAUCACCUUACAGAACCCUGAAGCCAAGUAUCCACUGCCCUUGAUUGAGAAAGAGCAAAUCAGCCACAACACCAGGAGGUUCCGCUUUGGACUGCCCUCACCAGAACAUGUUUUAGGGCUUCCUGUAGGUAACUAUGUUCAUCUCUUAGCCAACAUUGAUGAUGAUCUGGUGGUCAGGGCCUACACACCUGUGUCCAGUGAUGAUGAUCAAGGCUUUGUGGACUUAAUUAUAAAGAUCUACUUCAAAAAUGUACACCCUCAUUAUCCAGAAGGAGGGAAGAUGAGCCAGUACUUGGAGAACUUGAAAAUUGGGGAAACUGUUCUUUUUCGAGGGCCAACUGGGCGCCUGUUCUAUCAUGGACCAGGGGAGUUUUCAGUCAAAGCAAACAAAACAAGUAAGCCUGAAGAAAAAUGGGCCGGUCAACUGGGAAUGAUUGCUGGGGGCACAGGGAUCACGCCCAUGCUGCAGCUCAUUCGCCACAUCAUCAAGAACCCCCAUGACAAGACCAGUAUAUCCCUCAUCUUUGCCAACCAGACAGAGGAGGAUAUCUUGAUGAGAAAGGAGCUUGAAGAAGCUGCCAGAGCUCACCCAGAGCAAUUCAACCUGUGGUACACCCUGGACAGGCCUCCUGCUGGCUGGAACUACAGCUCAGGCUUCAUCACCACUGACAUGAUCAAGGAGCACCUCCCUGCUCCUGGGAAGUCCACGUUCAUCCUGGUGUGUGGCCCGCCACCCCUGGUCCAGACUGCCGCUCACCCUAACCUGGAGAAACUGGGUUACACCAAGGACAUGAUUUUCACCUACUAACACCUCCCUUGCUCUCAGCAAACUUCCCUAGUCCUUCACGUGUGCUUCAAAGUGAGUCCAGUGUCACCAUGUUCAGAGUGCCUCAGUGUACCCUUGUGCACGCUGGUGCUCCCCUAUUGGGUGGGCCUAAGGCGGGUUUAAGGGGCUGAAGACUAAGUGGCUUCUGGAGUCUCCUUGCUUGGGGAGGCUGGAAGGGACUCCAUUUUAGUAUCUUUCCCCUUGGUUUAGUGAAAUAAACUUCAGUACAAAGCAGAUGGCCCAUAAGGUGUGGCUCUGUGGGGGCCUGCUAGGCACUUAGAGGCCUUGGCCUAUCCUCCAUGUGAAUUGGUUUGUGUGUGUCCAUGGGAGGUCAGAACUGGCAAAAGUGCGGGGGCAGAAUUUCAGAAGAAUCCAAGUGGGGUCACGUCAGCUCCCAAUAAUCUCUCUUGACCCCCCAGGCCCCUCAAAUAGUGUUUUGUUUUUAAGGUCAGAACUGUUAGAGGCCCAGGCACCCUCCAUGCGUACUCAUCCUUCUCCUGAGGGAGACCCUGGAAAGAGGAAUGGUGUUAGGAACACACCUCAGGGCAAUAGGUGAAUCCACAAGGCAGGUGGGCUCCAGGAGUCCUAGGUUCCCUGCACUUUGCACAACACAUGGAGCUAAGGGGUGCAUUUUUGCUAGUGUCCUCUGAAUGCCAGGCCCCAUUCUGGUGUGGUGGGGUACGGGUGGUUAUAGAUAGAAGCUUCUGACCUUGCAAAAAGAAUUAGAUUCUGGAAGCUAUUCCUGAAAUCCUUCCUAUCACUAAACCCAGAGGCCAUGAGGGACCACUCUUGCCAUCUGCUGCUUGUGGCCAGGAUGACAUGCUUCUGCUCUAUGUUACCUGUGAGUGGGUAGAACCCCUUCUGCACUGGAUUUUGUAUAAUUCUCAUAACAAGACAGAUUCUGUGGGGAUUUUGUUCUUCAAGUUAAAGAUGAAGAGGAAACUGAGCCUCAGAGACAGUUAUUGUCCCCAGGUCAUUUAGCCCAUAGGUGGCAGAGCUGGGCUUCAAACCUGGCUCUGUUUAAUUCCAAGUCACUCCUUCCUUUCCUUUUCAAAAAAAUUGGCAUUGUAGUCGUGUUGCUAAACCUCGGUGUCGCAGGAUUUCUUCAACAUAUAUGUGGGUAAGGGAGGGGAGAGAGCAGUGGGCUACAGGAGAGAGGCACACAGCUCUGGACAACUCUCAAGUGCAGCUGUGUAGUGCCCACAGGGUGGUCCCAUACAGGGUGGCCACCCAGAGGGCUGGUGGGGGCUGGGUGCUGGGAGGCAGCCAGCUUCCAUCUCUCCACACAUUCAACACCUCCUCAGUGAAUCCCUUCCUCAGAGAAAGAUACUCUGCUGAGCACUGCAUGAUGGGAAGGUCCUGCCCUUGGAUAUUUUUCUUAACCAUGCUUGUCUCCUGCUUUAACCUCUUACUGCUUUCACUAGUCCCCACCUGGCCGCCCUGGGUCUCUGAGAUAAAUUCCAGGGGCCAGCUUACAAGGUUCUUCCUGAUCUGGCUCCAUCUGAUUCACCAGGUUUCUCCUUCGCUGGGCCUCCCACUCUGACCCCUUCUCUGGCUCAGCAGUUCUCUACUAGGGGGAUCUUUCCCCAGGAACUUGGCCAGGUCUGGAGACAUUUUUGGCCGUCAUGAAAGAGGUGGUAUUGGUACCUAGAGGGAGAGGCCAAGGGUGCUGCUAAACAUCCUACAGCACACAGCCAGCCCCCACAACACUAAAUUAUCCAGCCCCAAACGGCAACUAAGUGAGGUCGAGAAACACUGCUCUCGUAACUGACUUCCUAGGAUAUGCUGAGACGUUUCCAGUCCAUCUCUCUGGCGUGCCUUUCCCCUUGGCAUGGUUGGGGAACCUGUUUCAUCUUCCAAAUUCAAGUGUCACCUCUUCCUUGGAGCCUUUUUGGUCCCAGCCCCCAGUCUUCCAUUAAAAAUGACCAUUUGCUGUUGGGGCUGUGGAGAGGUCUACUGGAGCAUCAGCACACUCCCUUGAUUGAGACAAAUCUCUAUUCCCUCCCUAGACCGUCAGCUUCCUCAGGUACCACCUUGGCGCUCAUGCCUGUGCUCCUACCCUCCUCACUCCAGCACGGAAGGUCCUUAACCUGCACAUGUGAAUGAGUGAGUGGAUGGGGAACUUAGCAGCAUGGGUUUCCUGAGCCCUGUGAGGACCAGGAUCGGGUCUUACUAUCUGCACGGAGCCUACCCAUAGCGGGUGCUCGCAGCCGAAGGCCUUCAGGAUGCUGAAUACACUGACAAUUUCUGGCACCAACAGGACCCUGGGCACUGAUGCCCGGUAUAGGCACAGGUGAGCAUCCUCAGGGAGCUGCGGAUGGAGCUUCCUCAACUAGGACAUCCCUUCCCUACCCUCCUCCUCAGACAAUGCUGGCCCACUCCCUCUCCCUUUAACCUGUUUGGACACCGUAAAUUUGGAAGCAUCCUCUGAGGGCAUCACAUAUGACCCCUCAUUUUAUAGGUGGGAAGAUGAGGGCCCACGAAGGGGUAGAGGCCUUGCUUAAAAGGC